CUCGCGGAACCGAGAGAAGCCUCUUCUUCUCUGUCCCGAUCCUUUCGGCGGAGGAAUUCUAGCUGGCGUGGCUCGGCGGCCGCCUCCACCUUCCUUCCCUCCACCCGACGUUCAUUCAGAGCCCUCCCUGGAUGGGACGGUCCACACACCACGUCUACUCGGUCCCGGCUUCCCCGCGAUAUUUUGUGACUGCCUGUCGGUGCGGUGCUCGUGUUGUUAGCCUGUGUUCUUCGGCUCCCUAGACCCGUCCAGGAAUAGGGAGCUCGAAAUGACCCGGUUGGGAUUGCGAUUCGUCGCAUCCGCAGUGUUCCUGGCCGGGAUAGCGAGUGGGCAAUAUAAUCAUACGUCAUGGUCGUACAAUCCUCCGCCUGUUGUUCCUCUCGGACGGGGUGAUAUCGGAAAACCGAACAAUACCGAUGACGAUUAUAAUAUUUCACCACGAUGGAAAACUUUUGUUACGAAUAACGAAGGUUCGGAUGAAGCGGACAGGCGGUACUUAAGCAAUCAAGGCCCGACCGACGAUGAUCGAUACGAUUACGGUCAAAGAACCGACGAUUCCGGGGGAGGAUAUCACACCAAUUAUGCCGGCUUCGAUCAAGGAUCGUACAAUCAAGGCCGAGAACAAAUCCCUUUGGAUCCUUACAAUCAAGAAUCUGGCGACACUUACGGAAGGUCUCGAGGUUACGAGGACUCUUACGGAAGAGAGGGGGAGGGCAGCAGAGGUUCUUACGGGAGUGGAUACCGAGAAACUUAUGGAUCAAGGGACGAUUACGGACGCGUAGCGGAUCCCUACGAUCAGCGUGGAUAUUCGCAGCGUGGAGGAGGGGGAUACGGCGCGGCUGGGGAUUCCGACACUUAUCCGAGCAGUUACACGGUUGUACCGGUCCCGGGACAGAUCCCACCUCGGAAUUGCACCGGAUCGGCUUGCUGCGUGCCCAAAUGUUUCGCGGAGAAAGGCUCCAGAGGACCACCAGGUAUAUUGGGACCACAGGGGCCGAAAGGGCAGAGGGGAUUUCCGGGCGCGGAAGGUCUGUUGGGGCCAAAAGGGGACAAAGGUGAACCUGGUCCUCAGGGACCGCGUGGAACGAAAGGUGACAGGGGUAAAAUGGGUAUACCUGGAUUCACUGGUAUCGCUGGUGUACCGGGGGUUCAAGGUCCGCCCGGGGCUCCAGGUAUUCCGGGUCGUGACGGUUGCAAUGGAACAGACGGUGAGCCUGGUGCGCGAGGUUAUCCCGGAGAGGUCGGUCCCCGCGGUUUUCGAGGUCCUCCUGGGCUGAAGGGGCAAAAGGGUCAGCCAGGUUUCGCCGGCAGAUUCCCUGUGGGUCAGAAGGGUGAGCCCGGUAUCGACGGUGUGAGAGGGCCCCCGGGUCCACCGGGACCGCAAGGAGAACACGGAUUUCCAGGAUCGAAGGGCGAGCGUGGCCCACCUGGUCCAAUAGGAUUGCAAGGGCAAAAGGGAGAGAAGGGAAAUAUGGGUCUUGCGUUCGAGGGUCCGAAAGGAGACAAAGGUCAGAAGGGAGAGAUAGGACCUCCCGGAACGCCCGGCCCUCUGGAACCGUUCCAAGGAAUGAGGGAAGAAGUAAUAGCUCCGCAGGGGGAUCGUGGCGAAAAAGGAGACAAGGGUGAAAUGGGGCCGGACGGUUUCAAAGGAGAGCCGGGUCCAAUCGGAGAUCAAGGUAUUUCUGGUAGUCCUGGUAUGAAGGGAGAGAAAGGUCUUCCAGGGGCGCCAGGUAUUCGCGGUAGGGAUGGUUUCUCGGGUCCUCCGGGUCCACCUGGGCGGAAAGGUGAUCGAGGUUACGACGGAUUGGACGGUCUUCCCGGUCGUCCUGGACAGAAAGGUGAACCGGGACGAGACGGGCCAAUGGGUGUUCCAGGCUUGCGAGGACCUCCUGGUCCACCCGGGGGUGGAAAAGGUACGCCGGGUCCACCGGGGCCGAAAGGGCCUCGAGGUUUUCCGGGGCCGACCGGGCCUCGUGGCGCCGACGGAUACCCAGGCGAUCCAGGUCCCAGAGGUCCCAUAGGGCCAGCCGGAGGGCCCGGCUCGCAAGGUAUUCCCGGUCCAGAAGGUUUGCCGGGCGAGAAAGGCGCCAAGGGAGAGCCUGGGAUCACGGGAUUCCCGGGGCCGACGGGCCCACGGGGAUUCGACGGCCCUCCGGGAUUACCAGGUCCGCGGGGAUUGCCGGGAGAGAAAGGCGCCUCGCUCGUGGGGCCUAAAGGGAUGGACGGAGCGCCAGGUUUGGACGGAGAGAAAGGGCAGAAGGGGGAACGCGGUUACGCGGGACCACGAGGAGUGCCGGGCGACGUGGACGGCAUUCCAGGGCCACCUGGCGAGGCCGGCCUUCCCGGCGAACGGGGAACUCCGGGGAAAGACGGGACUCCAGGGUUCUCGGGGGCGCCCGGCGAAAAAGGAGACGCGGGCUUCUGUCUACCUCCUCCCCCGGUGUUUCCAGGGCCUAAAGGCGAUCGCGGUCUGGACGGUACACCUGGGCUUCCCGGGCCCAGAGGCCCACCCGGGGAACGGGGAUUCCCAGGGGAACCCGGCGCAGACGGAUUACCAGGGCCGAUCGGCCCACCAGGACUACCGGGGAAAGAUGGUAUUCCUGGCGCGGCUGGUCCGCAAGGAGAGCCUGGAACGCCAGCGGUGAUUACGUCCAACAUGAUUAAAACGGAGAAGGGCGACAAAGGUGUAAGGGGAGAGGUGGGAAGGCCAGGUCCACCGGGUCCCCAAGGUCCAGUCGGGGAGAAGGGCGCUAUAGGAUUUGCUGGUUUCCCGGGUCCAAAGGGUACCGCUGGUGACAGAGGAUUUCCGGGCCAAGACGGGGUUCCUGGAAGGCCAGGUAUUCCAGGUCGAAAAGGAGAGCGUGGUCUGAGCGUGAAAGGGGAGCCUGGAGAACCGGGCCGUUCGGGUCAAAUAGGUUUGAAGGGUGAACCUGGUUCGUACGGACAAAAAGGAGAACCCGGCCAGUGUCCACCGCUCGAUUUGAUCAACAGCAAGGGAGACAGAGGCGCGCCUGGCGAGAAGGGAGAGCCAGGCCCACCGGGCAGGGACGGGUUGAGCGGUGACAAAGGUUUACAAGGAUUCGCGGGUCCGCCUGGUCCCGCUGGACAAAUCGGUCCGCCUGGGCCGGUAGGGCCGAGAGGGUUGCCGGGUCCGCGCGGCGACAAGGGUAACACGGGUCCGAUGGGUUUCCCCGGGGAACCUGGUCGCGAAGGACCCAGAGGAUUCCCGGGCGCUCCAGCGCAGAAAGGAGAAAAGGGCGAGCCUGGGAUAUCGGUGAAGGGUAGCCCUGGCUUGCCUGGUCCACCGGGCGACAAGGGCGAGAAAGGUCUUCCCGGGCCGCCGGGAAAAGACGGUCCUAUCGGUUUGCAAGGUUUGCCGGGAUUCGUGGGGGAGAAGGGAGACACGGGUGAGCCGGGGAUAAGCGGGUUGCCCGGCACGCCAGGGGAGAAAGGAGAUACCGGUCCCAUCGGGCCUCCUGGUCCUCCCGGUAUCGCGGGAUUACCCGGCAAAGACGGAAACAAAGGUGAACCGGGAUUGCCGGGGGCAGGUGGAAGGGCGGGUCUUCCGGGAUUUCCAGGCGUGAAGGGUGAUCGAGGCGAGCCGGGCAUCGACGGAUCGAAAGGUUAUCCGGGAAGGCGUGGGUUGCCGGGCGCGACUGGUAGACCCGGCCUGGAAGGUGCGCCUGGUAUGAAAGGAGAACGUGGCGAGAAAGGGUCGGCCGGGUUCCCCGGAUUGCCCGGGAUCGAAGGGAAACCCGGUCGUCCUGGACCACCCGGGAUGAAAGGGGACUUGGGUCCUCCCGGCGCUCCGGGCCUCCCAGGUGUUAUAGGAUACGAAGGAUUCAAAGGUGAUCGAGGUCCGCCGGGAUUACCGGGACGUAAAGGUGAACCGGGUCAGGUAUCGGAGAAAGGGCAGAAGGGUGAGCCGGGAAUGCCUGGGAUCCGCGGUCCUCCCGGCAUCCCUGGCAGAAAUGGCGUGGACGGGGCGAAAGGAGAGCCUGGGUUGCCAGGCAUCGGCCGGGAUGGUCUGCCUGGUCCCAAGGGAGAGCCCGGGCCGCCAGGUCGUGACGGUUUGCCAGGAUUCCAAGGACUGAAAGGUGACGCUGGCGUGAGAGGUUUCCCCGGUUUUAAAGGAGACAUUGGACCGAUCGGGGCUCCCGGCGAGCCUGGACUGCCCGGAAUCAACGGAUUGCCAGGUGAACAAGGCGACGUCGGUCCACCCGGAGUUCCUGGGUUGCCCGGUUUGGAAGGUGAAAUGGGGGCACCGGGACAUCCUGGAAUCCCCGGCGCCAAAGGGGAUCGCGGUAUUCCAGGCGCCGUUGGACUUCCUGGUAUUCCCGGGGCGAUCGGCGAGAAAGGCGAUCGUGGACCGCCCGGCCCGACCAUUUCGAUCAAAGGUGAAAAAGGCGAACCGGGUAUUCCCGGUUUACGAGGUGCGCCUGGAGAAAAGGGAGAUCGCGGGUUGGAAGGUCUGAGUGGCUACGACGGCGAGAAAGGGGAUAGCGGCGCGCCUGGUCCCGUUGGAAAUCCAGGUCCAUCCGGUCUCCCCGGUGCUAAAGGAGACGAAGGUCCACGCGGGCCUACGGGAGUCCCUGGAUUGACGAUCAAGGGCGAGAAAGGUUUGCCGGGUAUGCCUGGAAAGCAUGGAAGGGAAGGAAUACCGGGACGACCGGGAGAGAAAGGGGAGCAAGGAUUGCCAGGUUUACCGGGACACAAGGGAGAACGAGGGCCGCCAGGUCCAGUCGGGUUGCCGGGCGAAAAGGGUGAUAUGGGUCUCAUGGGUCCUCCCGGUUUAACGGGUCGCGAUGGCCAACCAGGCGUCAAAGGAUUCCCCGGUUUGCCGGGCGAGAGAGGCGAGAAAGGAGAGGCUGGUUUACGUGGACCACCCGGUCCCAUUGGGCAGAAGGGAGAACCUGGAUUCCCUGGGCCGAGCGGAAUAGAUGGAAUUCCCGGCGAAAAGGGCGAUAGAGGUUGGGAUGGCGUGAGCGGGUUGCCGGGUCCGGUCGGAGAGAAAGGUGACAGAGGGUAUCCAGGUCCGGUGGGAUUGAUGGGCGUGGUUGGAUACGUCGGUCAGAAAGGCGACAAGGGUGACGACUGCAUCGAGCCACCGAUGGGACCGAAAGGAGAUCGCGGUUUCCCCGGACCGGUCGGCCCGCCAGGACCACCGGGAGAGAAAGGAAUUCCAGGCCCGCCAGGGUUCCCGGGAUCGAACGGAGUGAAAGGUGCGAUAGGGCUUCAAGGGCCGCCAGGGCCCGUCGGUUUGCCAGGUUUGCCGGGACCUGUCGGCGCGCCUGGUUUGCCGGGCCUUCAAGGACCGGUCGGUGUUCCGGGUAUACCGGGAGAACCUGGCCUACCGUGCGAGCCCGCAUCCGACUAUCUUACCGGUAUCCUGUUGGUGAAACACAGUCAAAGUCAAUUAUUGCCCGUUUGCGACGCCGGCCACAUCAAACUCUGGGAAGGAUACAGUUUGCUGUUCACGGAUGGCGACGAAAGGGCGCACUCGCAAGAUUUAGGUUAUGCCGGUUCGUGCGUACGAAAGUUCUCGACGAUGCCGUUCCUCUUCUGCGAUAUAAACAACGUUUGCCACUACGGUAAUCGGGGCGAUCGUUCUUAUUGGUUAUCCACCACUAGUCCAAUUCCCAUGAUGCCUGUCCAGGAAUCAGAGAUAGAACAAUACAUCUCCAGAUGCGUGGUGUGCGAGGUUCCGGCAAAUGUGUUGGCCGUACACAGUCAAUCGUUGAAUAUUCCAGAUUGUCCACAAGGAUGGACUGGUCUUUGGAUCGGAUACAGUUUUCUCAUGCAUACGGGUGCUGGUGCCCAGGGAGGAGGGCAAUCCUUGUCCAGUUCCGGAUCCUGUCUGGAAGACUUCCGUGCAACGCCGUUCAUCGAGUGCAAUGGUAAUAAAGGACAGUGUCAUUAUUACAUGAACGAGAUCAGUUUCUGGAUGGCCACCAUCGAAGACAGACAACAGUUCCAAGCGCCCGAGCAACAGACCUUGAAAGCAGGAAAUCUCAGAUCCAAAAUAAGUCGCUGCCAAGUGUGUAUAAAGAACACGUAAAUUCAUGUCAAACCCGCGUGUCUAUUCUUCUCCCUUUUUUCUUUUUUCCCCGGAUUUUUUCCCCCCAUUUUUCUUUUCACUGCCCUCCUUUCCUUUUCUUUCUUUUUUUAUUUUUCUCUCUUCCUUGUUUCUUUUGAAACGGCGACAAUCAUCCAACAUCGUAGAAAGGAAUCGAGUUUGGAAGGAAAGGAUAAGCCCACGAAUAGACGAUCUCGCGGUCUAAAAUUUCGAGAUGAGAGAAGAGAAACCAGAGAAUUUUUUUUUUUCUCUCCCCCCUCCCCUUUUUUAUUAAAUUCCGCCGCAAAUAUUUCGUCCUUAUUUUAAUGCUGCCACCUUUUUUCUUUCUUCCUUUUUUUUUUUUUAAAUAUCUCUUUUCGUUCGUACUUUUAUAUAUUUUUUUUUUUUUUUGCUCUUAUCGCGAUCCCACAGCUUUUCUUACUCGUUCUUCUCGUCGAGAAUGUCGUUUGAUACUCGUAUACUUCACUGCCCCGCCUUUUUAAUCUGCCGUCAACCGCUUUCUUCUAUUUACGACGAAUUCGUGUACGCCAUAAGUUUUAUUUUCAUAACUUUAUUCAAACAAGUGUCUAGUGUACUAUUUCUCUAGCAUGUAAAAUAAUAAUAUAUAUAUAUGAAAAAUUUAUUAUAAAUAUUACAUGUAUAUUUAUAUAUAUAUAUAUAUAUCUCGUAAAUCUUGUAUGAAAAGUUAAGUUCACUUCGUACCACUACGGACACUGCCCAUACCCGAUAUGGCACACUUUACAUAUUGUAUAUUAAUAUAAACGAACUUAGCCUGGUAAUUGUGUGAAACCAAAUAUUUAAGUGAAUAGGUAUUUUGCUACUGUAGCUAAUAAAAUUCUAUUUUCAAA